AUGUCUUUCCGCGGUGGUGGUGGCUUCAGAGGUGGACGCGGCGGUGGUGGUUUCGGUGGAUCCCGUGGAGGUCGCGGCGGUUUCGCUCCCCAGGGUCCUCCCGACCAGGUCUACGAGAUGGGCACUUUCAUGCACGCUUCCGAGGGCGAGAUGGUCUGCACUUCGACCAACACAAAGAUCCCCUACUUCAACGCCCCUAUCUACCUUGAGAACAAGACUGCUGUCGGCAAGGUCGACGAGAUCCUCGGCCCCAUCAACCAGGUCUACUUCACCAUCAAGCCCCAGGAGGGUAUCGUCGCAACUUCCUUCAAGAACGGCGACAAGUUCUACAUUGGCGGCGACAAGCUCCUUCCCCCUCGAGAGCCCAAGCCCGCUCCCGGUGCUCCUAAGGUCAAGAAGCCCGCUGGCCGUGGCGGUGCCCGUGGUGGAUUCGCCGGACGCGGCGGUCCUCGCGGUGGAUCAAGAGGCGGAUUCGGUGGCCGUGGUGGUUCAAGCUUUGGUGGCCGUGGUGGUGCUCGCGGCGGUUCAAGAGGCGGUUUCCAGUCCCGUGGAGGUUCUGGAGGUUUCGGAGGACGUGGUGGAAGCCGUGGUGGCCGUGGUCGCGGUGGUUACUAA